UAUCGAUAUAUUCAUUGACAUCAAGUGCUGAACAGUGAAUGACAGCAAUAAAACCGAUUAAUAGUUGUGUUAUACUAUACAACUGUAUAACAAUCUAAUGGUUAUCUCAAACAAACACAACCAGUGAUCGGACAAAACAAACUCAAGUCAGUCCUCAAGAGUUUCAUUGAAAAACACAAUCGAGAGGAAUGACUGACUCGAGUUUGACACAAAAGAUUCAAGACUUGAUCCAUAAAAUUGAAGACUGUUUUUAAAAACAUAUUUAAGUGUCGAUGUCUUGACUGUUGUGCUAACGGACAGCAAACUAUUAUUUCUGAAAUACUGUGGUCAAUGCAACACUACUGAGGACUGGCAACCGGUCGGGCAGUGGUAGUGAUGAGCUAACGAUGAAGCGAUCGCCCGAUGAUUGCGAACAACAAACUAAUAAAUGCCAAACAAAUUGUGAUUUAAAUACCAAUAAUAAUAAUAAUAAUAAUAUCACUAAUAAUGUCAAUGAUGUGCAGCAAAAAGAUUUAGUUUAUGUUAAUAUUUAUUUACCAGAAUUACAACAGGAGCAAACAGUGAUAAUAAGCAAAUAUGAGUCAAUUUGGACAUUAAAGAGAGGUCUCAUUGAACGGUGCAAUAACCUGAAGAACAAUGACCUAAACUAUGGUCUCUUCAGCACAUCUUUUGGUCAUUUCUUGGAUGAAGAGCUCAAUUUAAACGCAUAUUUCAGUGAAGCCAUACAGAAGUGCUGUAAUCGUAUUAGACUUGAACUGCUCUACAAACAGAGGAUCAAAGUCGGAGAAGUCAUGAGUACAUUGCCUGCAGCAAACACAACCCGACGACGCCGUAAGCGGUCGCGUCUGAUUCAGGCCGUGACCAACGGUAACAUUGAAAAAGUGGCCAAAAUUCUUAUCAAUUGUGAUCCUAAUUUUGUGGACGAAACCUCCGGUGACACUCCAUUGAGUAUAGCGGCGUCCAGUCAGUCAGCGUCUACCAGUGCCACACAACGUAUUGUCGUAGCGCUGGUCAAUGGGGGCUCACUCCUAGACUUCAGGACUAAGGAUGGCCGGACAGCACUGCACUGUGCCGUUCAAAAGUCCAAUUAUGUAGCACUCAAAACAUUGCUAGACUUAGGCGCGUCGCCCAACUAUAAGGACGCUGCAGGUCUGACCCCAUUGUGUUAUACUAUAUUGAAUGAGUCUAACCCUAAGCUGACCCAACUGUUACUUCAUGAACACUCAAUGAUCGGAGUGGUUGACCACCACGGAUGGCAAGAAGUACAUCACGCCUGUAAGUUAGGACUUGUGGCUCAUUUGGAGCAACUUCUGUACUACGGGUGUGAUAUGAACUGUCGUAUUGUUGGCAGCGGUAAUACACCGCUUCACGUGUCGGCCAUUAAUGACCAAAUAGACUGCGCCCGAGUGCUGCUCCUCAGGGGUUGUGAUACCAAAAUUGUCAAUAAUUCACAUCAAAACGCAUACCAGGUGGCUGUAAUUGCUAACAACAUGAGUUUGGCCGAACUCAUAGCUAACCAUAAGCCGGAAAUGGUAGUUCCUUAUCGGGAUAAACCUAAAUACAAUCCGGCACGUCGUCCACCUCAUAGUCAGGAACAUACAGUCGGAUCACAACACUCUCAACAAAGUGAUCCAUCAAAAUAUAAGUCCCAAAUCAAUGUUCCCAAAAGUGUACUCCAAGUUUCGGCUACAUCUGGAGGUCAGUCUUUGUGUCCGUCGUCACCAUCUCUGAGUCAGAGAUCAUACGCCACAUCGACAACAACGACCACCACAUCGUCGGGUGUGUGUUGUGAGGACGGCUCUCAAUCUGAUGGCGUCAACGAAGAAGAGAUUGAAGUGGCAGAAGACGUGUCGGAUAGUGAGUCUGAAUCAGACGAGUCGAGUGUACGACCCGUACAGCUAUUGCCCGGCAUGACUGUAGUGGCCGUCAUUGACUACAACUCCGGUGAUCCAACACACCUACAGUUGCGGCGAAAUGAUAUGAUAUUACUGUUGCCAAAUUCAUCGUCACCGCCAACAAUAGCCAAUCAGAAAUUACUUUUGGGGCGCCGUUGUGUCGAUGGGAAAGAAGGACUUUUUCCGGUCUGUUGUGUCGAGAAAUUUAAGAGUAGAGUAGAGGGAAGACGUGACCAGAAAUACUCGUCCACAACACUUCCCGCUCGCGGACGUAGCAGUCAUAAGAACUAUCUAAAAGACGGCAAUACUGGUACUACCAGUUCAAGUCUAGGAUUGUUUCACGAGCGCACUGUUACUCUACAGAAAGGCUCAAAAGGUUUUGGAUUUGUAUUAAGAGGAGCGAAGGCGACCUCACCUUUGCUUUUGGAACAAAACCAGUCAUUAAUUGGUUUGCAAUACUUGGAUGAGAUAGAGACCGGAGCUGUAGCUGAAGCGGCCGGUCUUAAGAGAGGAGACUUCUUAUUGGCUGUUAAUGGCAAUGAUGUCCGCCAUAUGUCUCAUGAAAUGGUCGUUCAAUUGAUCCGUCAAUGUGGAGAUAGAGUGACAAUGACUGUGGCAACACCUAUACCUCAGCAAAAGACCAAACAAUUUAAAUCGAUACUCAAGAAAGACACCGACAAAGCAGCAAAAAAACAAAUACAUAAUCAAGUCAUUGAUGACCAACCCAUGAGUGUCAGUAUGACUGAAGACCAAAAUGUCGACCCAAAUCUGUUGUCCACAUCAUUGCCUCCAUCUGAAGGUCGGUCGUUAUACGCCAAGUCUAUGACAAUGCAAAAGUUCUCGACAUUACCGCGCAAUGUGGGAAACAAUUGCAGCUCAUCUACAUCUAGCAGAUCAACAUCAAGAGGCAGAGCUCCACCCGCACCUCCAAAACGUGAUCCCACCACUACUUUAUCAAUUGGUAGGGCUAGAGCUCGAUCUCUAUUAAUACCAAAUACUUCAGGACCAGGAGCUCAAAACAGAGGCGAUACCACUGGAACUGGCAAUGAUUAUGAUUCGGAGGGCAGAUCUACAAAAAGUUCAUCGCCCACCACAUCGAUUGAGUCGAUGAUUGUUAACCAAAAAGCCGGGGCCACGAAUGGCAACGCAAAUGUGGCCAAUAAAGUGGCAUCAAUUCGGGCGAGUCGUCAAACAAGAAGAAUAUCCAGUUAUGAGUUGGAAGAGUUCUUCUCGCGUCAGACGGACGACAAUGACGGACAUAUGAAGACAUUUGAGUCAAUGACAGCUUUGAAAAAGAAGAAGAAUAAGACACAAAGUUUGCAUAAAAAUUUUAAUUCAACGCCAGAUAUUCAAAAACAAUUGGCGGAACAGUUAGCUCGCAAUCAAAUCAUACAAAUGAGUAAUAGUGAAGAAGAACUCUUUAACAACACAGGUGUUUACGCACAGACAGUAGCGCUAAAGGGCGGCAAAAUAAUACCAGUUUCAGAAAUUAGCACCAAUUUUGAUGACGAUUCUGGCGCUCAGUCAAGGGCUCCACCGCCCACAUACCCACCUCCACCGCCACCUCCACCACCAAAUGGUCAAAUGCAGACAUCAGUUAUUAAACUAACUCUGGCUAAACACAGUCAAAGUGAUUACGCAAACUAUGAGACAGUCUCUCAAAACCAACAAAUGUUGUCCAGCUUUAGGCCGGUUGUCAAACAAGAUGAUAUCAAACCAAGUAAUGAUGAUACUGUACAGCCUAAACCUCCAACCAAACCACUGAAAAAUAAAGCACCUGCACCUCCACCAGGUGCUCAACCUAUUGGCCCAAUGAAAUCCGUAAAACAACCAAAUACUAGUUCGACCACAACAUCAGUCUACACUAGACAAGACACGAUUGAACAAUUGGAUGAAAAGCUAUCACAACCACAAAUACCUGAUCCCGACUACUCAACAGAUGAGGAACAUGAAGUCAAACAAAAUCGAGAUAUGAGUACCUUUAGAGCAAACAAUCUAAAGGUUAGAACUAAUGAUAAAGUGGACAACCAAUCAAUAGCUACAUCAGCCGGACAACGGGCGACACAAAGUUUUGCUGAAAAACUGCCAAAAAGUGCCAUAAAUUCGACGACAACGACAAAUAAACCACAACUGGCUUUUGGCGAUGAGUUGAAAGCUAAGACUGAAAAGAUUAUGUCAAAGUCAAUGGCCGUUCAGUCAGUGAAAGAAGAGACAACACUUACAAAGUCAUACACUUUGGACAGGAAAGGGUCCGAACCUAAGGAAAGUGAUAACUCUAACAGUGAUUCCAAUAAUAUAAGUAAAGUUCGUAAAAAUAUUCGAGAAUUUGAACGUCGGUCCAGUAUUUGUGGCGAAACUGUUAUACCAUCGAUGCAAUCAUCAAUGACUACAUCGAUGACUACAACGAUGACUACGACAAUGACUACGGCUUCUCAUCACAAAAGAGAUAUUGUCGACAACAGUAAUGUUAAUAAUAAUAAUAAUAACAAUAAUACUGUUAGUGACAACUCUGCAAAUAAUUCAAUCCGUAUGAGUAAAUCAUGUUUUGAAGUGGACUGUUGUGAUAAUAGCUCUUCCGGUGUUUCAUCGGACGUCGACGGAGAAUAUGGUGCUAAGCACGAGAUAAAACUACAACAAAUGGCCACAAAUCAGCAGCAAAUGAAUAGACGAAACUCGCAAAACGUGUCCGAAAAGAUAGCCGUACUGAUGGCGGCCACAGCACAGGUUAGCCAAGUGGCGGCCGCUGCAGCCGCACAAUCAUCUAUUGGUAGUAACGCCACAUCAAGCACUUCCCAUACAGCAACUCCACCGCCAGUCCCCAAAUUAAGUCAAACGUUGAACAGCACCGGUACAACUGUUUCAUCUGCUAGUGCUCAUACUCGUCGUGCAACCAGCUGUAGUGAUGACAGCCAUAAAACAAAAUCUAAAGUUUGGCCAAACACGGGUAGUCAGUCAGUGAUGGGAACACUGCCAGCAACUACAAGCGCCGCAACUAAUAUUGUGCCAAAUUUACAACAAAAAGCGGUUAAGUUUACCACAAAUUAUUCAUCAAAUUCUGAACCAAAAUCUAAUACCACAAGUGAUAACUAUUCAUCAAAUGUUGGACAACAACAACAGCUCACUACUAGAUAUGUAACCUCUCAGGCAAAGGGUGGACAACCUAUUAGACUACAAAUUGACUCUUUAGGUUUGGCAGCGGUUAAUGAAGUGGACGUAUUGGCAGAAUUAGUUCCGCCGCCACCGGAAUUUGCAGCCCCACCUCCCGGCCAUUCGUCCGCUAAUAAGACUACAGCCGUUGGCGACCAAAUACGACAACCAAUAAGCAAUCAACAAGUGUUAACUCGACAGCAACAACAACAACUGCAACAAUUAAGACAACAACAGUUACUUCAACAACAACGUCGAGUCCAACAGCCGCCACCCAUACCAGCACAUCCACCACCCGCUACGUUACCACAUCAACAACAUAUACAUCAGCAACACUUGAUGACUACAAAUAAGGAACAAAUUAGAAUUAUAUCGCCGACACCGCACCAAAUGAUUACCAGCACCGGUACACUUCAUCACUCGCACCCCUCACAGCCACCAACUGCUGCCCAACACUAUCAGCGUUUCCAUCAACAGGCACUGGAAGGAAGAUCAGCCAAUGCUAGCACAUCCAGUUCAGCCCCGACAUCACAUUCAGAGUUUACCGAUUUAUUGGCGCGUCAGAGAGCAGCCCACAUGAGGUCACACCAACAGCACAUCGAUCAACAAAUAUCAGCCUCCAUGCGGUUGGGGGUUAAUCCCAAUGCAAGUCAUGGACUGGCCUCUCACCAACAGUUUUCAACACUUCAAAGACAUUCCAGUGGUUCACAUACCUGUCCUCAAGGACUUACAAGUGCACAGGUAUCUCAAGCUCAACAAUUUGCUACACUUACGCGGCACCAGUCAUCCACACAACAGCAACAACAGCGUCAUAACUAUUGCGAUUACACUCGUCUAACUGUCCAAAAUCGACUAAUGCGACACAUGAAUACUAGUCCACAAACCGUUAUGAGCGGUAACGGACUGACACAGGCGCCGGCAUAUGUAGUCCUACCAGUGGUCGACUGGAGCUGCGAUGAUGUGCACGAAUGGCUAAAAGCAAUUGGUAUGAGUGAACACAUACCUAAAUUACAGCACUUUAAUGGACCCAAAUUGAUGAGACUCGACAACAAUGGUCUUCUCGGACAAGGCAUACGACAACAACAACACCGCAUCUAUUUGUUAGAGAAACUCAAACAACAAAUACUCAAAAAUCAUCACUAAUU